GGACACUUCAAUAAAUUAACAGUUAAACGAUUGGAAACGUCUUCUAAUUCAGAGGAAAGAUGAAAAUCUGCAGGAGCGUUACAAGAACCGUCUGAACUGCUUGUCGCCAUAACCAAAAACCAGAACCAUGAACGCGGACUUCGUCUGUCUGUUGUCACUCAUCAGCUGAUCCAAUAUUUACUUGUAAUGUUAAACCGCGCCACAUUGUGAUAUUUGACCUAUCAAAUAAUAUUGCUUUUUUAACUUUUAUUUGAUAUAUAUGACGAGGCACUUAAUUUGACUUCUAAUUUACGCGUAAUUAACUAUUUAAGUAUCGAAUAGUAACAAAAGUCAACAUAAAUUUUGACUUACGUAUUUCAUUGGUAUUUCGCAGUAAUGAUUCUAUUUACAUAAAUGUCCUUAUAUACAUGAAAACGGAAUAAAUUACAUACAUGAGGGAUUAUUAAAUAUCUAGAAAUAAUUUAAAUAGAGAAUCAAAAUGACAUCAAUUAUAAAACUUCAUGCCAUAUCUGGAGCAAUGGAUGAAUCUCCACCUUGUUAUAUAUUACAAGUUGAUGAAUUAAGAAUAUUACUCGAUUGUGGGUGGGAUGAAAAUUUUGAUCAAGAUUUUAUAAGAGAGUUAAAAAGACAUGUUAAUCAAAUAGAUGCAGUUUUGCUUUCAUAUCCAGAUCCAUUGCAUCUAGGUGCACUGCCGUAUUUAGUAGGAAAAUGUGGUUUGAAUUGUCCUAUAUAUGCUACAAUACCUGUUUACAAAAUGGGACAAAUGUUUAUGUAUGAUAUGUAUCAGUCUCGCCAUAAUAUGGAAGACUUUGAUUUAUUUACUCUUGACGACGUAGAUGCUGCAUUUGAUAAAAUUGUGCAAUUAAAGUAUAAUCAAAGCAUAUCGAUGAAAGGUAAAGGUUAUGGUGUUACUUUAACACCUUUACCUGCUGGACACAUGAUUGGUGGAACAAUUUGGAAGAUUGUUAAAGUAGGGGAAGAAGAUAUAAUAUAUGCUGUUGAUUUCAAUCAUAAAAAAGAACGUCAUUUAAAUGGAUGUGAAUUGGAAAGACUACAAAGACCGUCAUUACUUAUAACAGAUGCUUUUAAUGCCACGUAUCAACAAGCUAGACGUAGAACUAGGGAUGAAAAAUUAAUGACAAAUAUCUUACAAACGUUAAGAGGUGGUGGAAAUGUUCUUGUCAGCGUGGAUACUGCUGGACGAGUUUUAGAACUAGCACACAUGUUGGAUCAAUUAUGGCGCAAUAAAGAGUCUGGUCUACUUGCUUAUUCAUUGGCACUUUUGAAUAAUGUUAGUUACAAUGUUGUUGAAUUUGCAAAAUCUCAAAUAGAAUGGAUGAGCGACAAGCUCAUGAGAAGUUUCGAAGGUGCUAGAAAUAAUCCAUUUCAAUUCAAACAUUUACAACUUUGCCAUAGUAUGGCUGAAUUAAAUCAAGUACCAAGCCCAAAGGUUGUACUUGCAAGUACUCCGGAUAUGGAAUGUGGUUUUUCACGGGAACUUUUUCUCCAGUGGUGUAGUAAUCCACAAAAUAGCAUUAUAUUAACAAGUAGAACAUCUCCAGGAACACUUGCCAGAGAUUUAGUAGAAAAAGGAGGAAACAGAAAUAUUUCUUUAGAAGUAAAAAAACGCAUCAAAUUAGAGGGUAUAGAAUUAGAAGAAUAUUUAAAAAAAGAAAGAAUAAAACAAGAACAAAUGAAACAGGAACAAAUGGAAACUGCAGAUGUUAGUUCAGAAUCUGAGGACGAAAUAGAAGUAGGAGGUGGAAGAGGAAAACACGAUUUGUUGGUUAAACAAGAAAGUAAGCCUGGGUUUUUUAAACAAAAUAAAAAACAACAUCCUAUGUUUCCAUUUAUCGAAGAAAAAAUAAAGAUAGAUGAAUACGGUGAAAUUAUAAGACCAGAAGAUUAUAAGAUAGCAGAAACCAUACCAGAGGUAGAAGAUAAUAAGGAAAAUGUAGAGACAAAACAAGAAGAAGCCAUACAUCAUCCAGAGGUACCCACUGAUAUUCCAACCAAAUGCGUACAAGUUAUGCGUACAAUGACAGUUAAUGCAUCUGUCACGUACAUAGAUUUUGAAGGAAGAUCAGAUGGAGAAUCUCUACAAAAAAUCCUAGCACAAUUAAGGCCACGACGAGUUGUUCUUGUUAGAGGAUCCAAAAAAGACACAGAAAUUUUAGCACAACAAGCACAAAGCGCCGGUGCUCGUGUUUUCACACCUGCGAGAGGAGAAACAUUAGACGCUACAACCGAAACUCAUAUAUAUCAAGUUCGUUUGACAGAUGCUUUAGUAAGCGGAUUAAAUUUUUCAAAAGGGAAAGGUGAUUCAGAGGUUGCAUGGGUAGAUGCUAUGAUCACAGCUCGCGAUCCAGUUUGUCGAGAUGCUGUAGCAGAAAACGAACAGUUGGAAGAAAAUAGUGAUAAAAUACUUACACUUGAACCUUUACUGCUAAAUGAGGUUCCUGGACAUCAAACUACAUUUAUAAAUGAACUAAAAUUAUCAGACUUUAAACAAGUUUUAAAUAGAAGUAACAUUCCAUCAGAAUUUAGUGGAGGAGUUUUAUGGUGUUGUAAUAAUACCAUCGCUGUCAGAAGGCAUGAAGCAGGAAAAGUUAUAUUAGAAGGUUGUAUAUCUGAGGAAUAUUAUAAAGUACGUGAACUGCUAUAUGAGCAAUAUGCGAUUGUAUAAAUAUGAUUUGUGUAAAUAAAAUUAAUUGAUUCAGAAUAUU